AUGCUGAGGGAAAAUUAAUUACUGACCUGCAUCCCUGAUUUAUUUCAAGACUAUCCCGAGGCCAUUUCCGAAUCUAUAAUAUCAAAUAUUUUCCCCCCAAAAACGGCUGGGGCUGGGGCAGGCCAGGCGGGCAGGCCAUUGCAAUUUGCAAUCCACUUGGAUGCUGCUUACACGAGUCUAAAAUAUUUCCAAAACGGUGGUACAAGGAGGGCGGGGCUUGAAUGGGUCACUUCCGGGAUGGUUUUGUGAGCUCUGUAUUGCUAGCGGGACAGCAGGGGCUUACCCUGUGAAAUAGGCAAAAGAAGAAGAAAAUAGAAGGAGGUUGAGAUAGGGCCUCCGACGAGGAAGUGAAAUGAUAACAUGAAGCUGCUCCUGUAACCUGCGUCGUUUUCGUGGCUCACGAUGCCGUCUCAACGCGUCUUCGCACUGCCGAGGCAGCAAUCUCUGCUGCUGCCUGCAGUCAUCAACCCAUUUGUGCAGGACACCAAACUCUCCAAGGCCACCAUAAUCAAAUGUUUCCUCCAGGGAAUCGUCCUGGUUCCUCUUCGAGCCAUUCUCAUCUCAUUGGUCCUCAUGGUGACCUGGCCUGUGGCUGUCAUUAUCACCUUUAAGCAUCCUUUGAAGGGAGCAGUGGCACCAAUGACAGGAUGGAGAAGACGCAUCAAACUAGCAUGGCGCCAAGAACCACUCGCUCCAAAGUUUGACUACACUUCACCAGGAAAGAGUGUGAAAAUGAAAGGUUACGACGGACUAAUGUGUCAGAGUGUAAUGGCCGCCCUGGGACGAGCAUACUACUUCUGCAUGGGCUUCCGUGUGGUGGUCAAGGGCAAGCAGGUGGGCAGUGGUGAAGCCCCCAUCCUUGCAGUGGCCCCUCACUCCACCUUCUUUGACGGUAUCGUGUGCAUCGUUGCUGGACUGCCCUCCACUGUGUCCCGAGUGGAGAAUUUGGCCACACCCAUAUUUGGCAGGUUUGUACGCUGCCUCCAGCCAGUGUUGGUGUCCAGAAAAGACCCUGACUCUCGGAAGAACACAAUCCAAGAGAUAGUCGGGAGAGCAAAGUCGGGAGGCCGCUGGCCCCAGGUUUUGAUAUUUCCUGAGGGGACCUGUACAAAUCGCUCAUGUCUCAUCACAUUCAAACAAGGUGCCUUUAUUCCAGGUGUACCUGUGCAGCCUGUGAUUUUGAGAUACCCCAAUAAAAUAGAUACAGUCACAUGGACCUGGCAAGGUUUCAGCUCGAGGACCCUCCUACUUCUAACCUUGUGUCAGCUCUACACCACAGUGGAAAUUGAGUUUCUGCCACCUCACAUUCCCACAGAGGAGGAGAAGAAAAGUCCUGCUUUGCUCGCUAGCAAAGUGAGAGACAUCAUGGCCAAGGCGUUGGGUGUCCCUGUGACGGACCACACCUAUGAAGACUGCCGCCUGAUGAUCUCUGCCGGCGAGUUGACCCUGCCCAUGGAGGCUGGCCUGGUUGAAUUCACCAAAAUCAGCCGCAAACUGAACAUCAAGUGGGACAACGUAAGGAAGGAAUUGGAUGGCUUCGCUGCCAUGGCCAGCUCUUGCAAAGGGGGACGGAUCACCAUCAAGGAGUUUGCUAGCUUCCUCAAGCUCCCCGUCAACCCUGCCCUGGAGGAGCUGUUUGCGCUCUUCGACAGGAAUGGAGAUGGCACCAUAGAUUUCAGAGAGUAUGUCAUUGGAGUGACCAUCUUGUGUCGACCUGCUAACACUGAAGAAGUGCUGCGCAUGGCAUUCCGGCUAUUUGACAUUGAUGAGGAUGAGAAAAUCACACGGGAGGAGUUCACGGCGCUGCUGCGCUCAGCUUUGGGCGUAUCCGAUCUCAACAUGGCCAAACUUUUCAAAGAAAUUGACGCAGACGGCUCGGGUUUCAUCACGUUCAGUGAGUUUCAAGCGUUCGCCAUGACCCAUCCGGAGUACGCCAAGCUCUUCACCACCUAUCUGGAACUACAGCGGUACCAGGCCAUACAGGAGGCAACGCCUGGAGAGCUGCAGCUAAGCGGUUCGGGUGAGAAUCAGGAAGACAGCACCUCGGACAAGAAGGAAGACUAAUUGAAUCCAUGAUCCUCACUCCCUUUGGUCAUGAAAACCAUGUCGCACUGUAGGCCAUGUUGCUUGCCUAUUUUAUGGACAUUUUAAAAAUGCAUUGAUUUUCAGUCUUAGUAGUGCCUUAUGCGGCAGACACACUAAAUCCGCUGGGUUAGGAGCACCUGAAAAAGUUACAGUUUAGUCACAAGUUUUGUGUUUUCUUAUAAUGUUCUUCCUUCCUUAUCGAAUUUUAUUUUUGAGGGCAUUUUGAGGGAAAACGAUGUUAGUAUGCUUUUAGAAAUGGACCAGCUGAAGCCAGUUCAACUUUUCAAUGUGAAAUUUGGUAGACAUGUCUAUCAUGAACAAAUACAACAUGUUUUUUAUUUGAAGUGGCCAUUUUAGUAUCAUCUUGGCUUGAUGAACUCUUCUGACAGUUUUUAUGACAGCACCAGAUGCCAGAUCACAACAAAAAAAUCCGUUAGGCAUAUCUGGCAUGACAAAACUGUUUUUGUGUGACUUUUGAGGUAUCCUUCUCCCUCCAUAUUAUAAUCCAAGUAGAAUGAUUUAGGGAUCAGUGUGGAGAUGAGGGUAAUGAAGCAGGGGUUUAAUACAAUAUACUAAAUUGAACUGUAUCACAACUAACUUAGGUGUUAGUUGCAUUGAUCCACAUAUAACAAGAUAAUUUGGUGUUGGGUGUUUUUAACUUAAUUAUUGUGCUUUGGCUUGCCGUGUGUGCUAUUCCUUGUGUGCUUUCCACCUCAUGUGACUUUCUAGGAGUGUACCACUCCAACCCCUUCUUUUAUUUUUACAUUGAGGCAGAUUCUCAGUGCGCUAGUGUAAUUAGUGUACAGUAUGCUUUAAUAGGAUUCCAAGCAAGCAAGCAGAUGUGUUGUUUGUACUCAGGGACAUGGACCUUUGUAAGACAGUUGGAUAAUUAGCCAGAGCUUUUGCUCUGCGUGUUCUAUAUAUUUACAUCCUCGCUCGGCAUGCUGAGACAGCAUAAGUUGACUCCAGUGCAAAUAAAAUAGGGCAAUUUGUGAGCAAAAAGGCAAACUGUGUAUUCCAGGAGGCGUUCAUAGGAACAACAAGCUGUUUUGUUUUGUUUUUUAUUUUGUCGACGCAUCAAAUUUUGAAAGUACAACAAGAAUACAUGUUUAAUUAACAUGGUUUUACACUGAACAAAUUUUAAGUUCAUAAUGAGGCAGACGUUAUUUUAAGACAAGCCUGUGUGAUAUUAACUGAGUUACCACCUGGGGGCAGCAGUUAGCUGGCAAUGUUUUAAUCCUUCACAUUGGUCCCUCACUCCAUAGCAUGUUAUGCACUCUGAAAGACAAUACUUCCUUUAACUUUUUUAUAUUAUUGUUGCUCCAAAUGUUUACACAGUGAAAACAAGCAAAUGUGUUAUUGUGACAUGUCAAUUGUGAAUAAAAAUAAAACUGCCAACUGUGAAUCACGA